AUAUUCAAUCAACAGAUGUUCAGCUACAAUAUAAUCCCACAAUAUAUGAUUAUCCACCACUUAUAAGUUCUGAUAAAAGUUCUUCUCGGAGCGAAAGUGAAGCAAACGAAGACACUCAAAUGGAAAUUACUUCAACAUUACAAGUCGAACACGCUAAUGCAAUGGAUGAUAUGAUGGAGAUAGAAGACGUGAUGGAUGAUGUGAAGGAAGAUAAAUAUAAUAUGUCAGAAGACGAGAUAGAUGAAGAUAAUAGCGAAAUUGAAUCUGAGAAGUGA